AUGUCGGCGGAGAACACGGCGGAGAGAAUCGACGCGGCAAUAGCGGAGUUCUUCUCGUCAUGGGAUAUCUUCACCACAAUCCUUGUCAUCGUUCUGGCCGCGGUGCUGAUCUAUCCUCUGCUCACUGGUCGAGAUCCAGACACCCAUCCAUUCCUGCUGGCGCGACAAGCACAGAUCGCCCGGGUCCGACAGCCAGGGCAGUCAGCCGUGUACCGAUCCAUCGAUAUUCCUCAUGGGUUCCCUCUGCGGGCCGGACUGGGCGUCAAGGACCCCGGGGCGCCAAGAUGGACUGCCGGCCGUCCAGGGGACCUCCGUGAUAUCUGGAGAGCGGCAGUCCGCGGCCCCGUGAAGGAUGACGGCACGCCAACGGGAGACCAAGGCAAGAUAUUGACCAUUCUGGGACGAGAGAAAGUCGUCGAACAUGCACUGGACGACCUGACCUUGGGGAUCAAUGUCAUCGGCCAGUAUGUGAAGCGCAACAAUGGCCAGUCUGUGGCUGUAUGCUUGUCCAACUCGGUGGAACUGUUGUCCGCCAUCUUCGCCGGCUCGUUCUACGGCUUUUCGACAACUCUGAUCCCAUAUGGCCUUCCGCAGGACAAGCUGAACUCCCUGCUGUCCAAGACCUCGGCCGACCAUGUCAUUGCCGAAGCGGGUGUCCUGGAUCUCGACGCGAUGCAAUCAACCAGCCAAUCCAUCAAGAACGUCAUCUGGGUGACCAAGCCAUCGAGCGAGCACAUGCAAUGGUCGGCCAACGCGCCCAGCGGGCUCAGCCUGGCAUCGUGGCACGACUUGGUCCAGAAGAACCACCGCAGCGCGAAUUCCGAAGUCCUGCCUCUUGACAAAGAUUCGCAGGUGCCGCCAGUGUCCAUCUUCUGCCCGGCUGCCAACGGAGGCUAUGACCUGGUCAAAUAUUCCUCAGAAAACUUGAUAUCCGGCAUCGCCGCCCUGCAAGCCACACUCGCACGAGCAUACAAGCUCUCUUCGAGCGACAUUCUACACCCCACGACAAGCCUGACGGACAGCUACACGCUAUGCUGGACGCUUGCAGCUCUGAACUCGAACGCCUCGGUCUCCCUGAACUCCGUGGCAGGCGAUAACGUCGACCUCCUCCAAGCCACGGCACUGAGCAGACCAACAGUGGUCAUCGCCUCGCCAUCGACUGUCCAAGCAUACCUCAAGCACCCGGACACAACCCUACCAUCAGGUCUGUCGAAGCACAUGUCCAAACGCACCCUCCGGGCCGGCACCAUGCCUGCUAAGAGCGCGGUAACUUUAUCUUCGUCUCUGGCCAGGCUGCGUGUCCUGCUCAUCCCGCAGUCGACGACUCUGCCGGCCAAUACGCGCCUGUCUUCGGCGACACUGCAUACACUGCGCACCCAUCUGCAAUGCCGUAUCGGCUAUGCGCUGACCACGCCGCUCGUUGCAGGAGCAGUCGCGCAGACGAAUAUUUUGGAUUACCGCGACAAGGGGGACAAUGUGUGCGUUGGGGCUCCGUUGAGUUCGGUCGAAAUCAGUCUUUCGGGAGACGAGAGUGCGAUGGACUCGCACACGCCUCGAGGAAAGAUCACAAUCAAAGGUCCCGCCGUAGUAGGAGGAACCACGACACUCGAUAUCGAAGGCCAGAUCGACCACGACCAUACUCUGCUCCUGCAUUAA